UCUUUCGUCAGUCGGGCAAUCAUCACUCACUCACUACUAGUCGAUUGUAAAAGAGAACCCUGACCCUUUUUUUACUACACCUGACAUAGGAUCCCUCGUACGGGAUAUUUUUUUAUUUAUCGCUGCUUUGAAGGCGAAUAAACAUCGUGCUCACCCAUGGCUUGUUGGAGGACAGAUUUAAGAUGAUCUUUGUGCUACUUCAUCAACGUUUCUUGCUAAAUAACUGCUGUUGUAAAAGCCGAGCUGUCAUCGACGUGUUAGCCGGUGAGCUUAACAACAAAGCAUGCCCGGUUAAUUCAUAUUUUUUCAGCAGAUCGCCUUGACAGCAGGCAGCUUUCUGGAGGAUUUUUGCUAAAAGAAUAUCCUAUGCGAUUUAAAUUUGUUUACAACCGAGACUGUAUUGGAAACCGUUUACAAUCUGGGACAUCUCUUAGCUGCUGAUCCAAGAUUUCCACUUUAAGAUUAACUGAGAGAGUGAAUUUAUGUUUUUCUGGAUGAAACUGGCGAUCGUGUUUCCCAUAGUGAUGGUUGCUCCUAACAACAAAGCAUCUUUUCCCAUGGUCCCAUCUGGAGCCCUUUUCGAGCCUGUCUCUGCUGGUGAUCUGUAGGGAUGUAGUCUUGUUAUUGUUGAUGAUCAAGAGGGUAGCAUGACAACGUUUCACAUGGAUGCCAGCUUGUUUUCAAGGUGACAGGCAAGGGAGACAGCAGCAGUUGGCUGGCCAGCAAAAAAGAAAAAAGUCAGAAAAAUUUGACUAGUCAGAUCAGUCAAGUUUUACCAGACACUGUUAACCUGAAAAGCAUCUCAGAAAUGCACAAGAGCUGCAUCCAUCCAAGCAAGACGUUUAGAUAAGAGCUUAAGAGUUACAGAGCAAAAACUGUUCAGUAUUAGAAAGCAAGUACUGUAUUUGCCUUGAAUCUUCUUGCCAUUAAAUUGUUGUAAUGAUGGGCCGACUCAUCUGAGGCAGCAAAGAGUUUGUCAGACACCUGCUUAGGGUGUCUGUGUGUAUUGGUGCGUAGUCUUUAUCAUUGUAAUGGUCACGCCUGUAGAUUAAAGUAAUGUUGGGAUUGUGGAUGCUUCGUUUGGGUUCUCCAACAAUGUUGCCUGCGUUUUGGCUGCUGCUUUUUAUGGUAACCUCCAUCAGGCUGUCUGAGACCAUGGGAAGAGAGGAGAAGAGCAAACUGAGGAACCAAGUGGUGGAAAUGUUUGACCAUGCUUAUCAGAAUUACAUGGAUCACGCCUACCCUGCGGAUGAGCUGAUGCCCUUGACCUGCCGUGGACGAGUGCGCGGACUAGAGCCCAGUCGAGGAGAUAUCGAUGAUGCCCUGGGGAAGUUUUCCCUCACCCUUAUUGACACACUUGACACUCUUGCGCUUUUAAAUAAGACGGUGGAGUUUGAAGAGGCAGUGAGGAGGGUAGUGGCUGACGUACGAUUGGAUAAUGACAUCGUGGUGUCUGUAUUUGAGACCAAUAUUCGUGUGCUGGGUGGACUGCUGGGGGGUCACUCAAUGGCCGUCAUGCAGAAGGAAAACGGACGAAUGCUAUGGUACCAGGAUGAACUGCUGCACAUGGCCAAAGAUCUUGGGCUCAGAUUGCUUCCUGCGUUUAACACCACCAGUGGUCUACCUUACCCUAGAGUGAAUCUGCGUUAUGGUGUCAGAGGACCCGAGACCCGUACAGGCACUGAAACGGACACCUGCACUGCCUGUGCUGGUACUAUCAUCCUGGAAUUUGCAGCCCUGAGCCGGUUUACCGGAGACCCCACAUUUGAGGCCCAUGCCAGGAGAGCUCUGGACUUCCUAUGGGAAAAGAGACAGAGGAAUAGUAAUCUAGUGGGAACAACCAUCAACAUCCAUUCUGGAGAGUGGGUGCGCAGGGAUAGUGGGGUUGGAGCAGGCAUAGAUUCCUAUUAUGAGUAUUUGAUGAAGGCUUAUAUAUUGCUAGGAGAUGAUGAAUUUCUACAGCGUUUUAAUACUCACUAUGCAUCCAUAAUGAAGUAUAUCAGCCAACCUCCUUUGCUAUUGGAUGUCCAUAUCCACAAACCCCUACUACCAGCCCGCACCUGGAUGGACUCCUUGCUUGCUUUUUUCCCUGGAUUACAGGUGUUAAAAGGCGAUAUCCGCCCAGCUAUAGAGACGCACGAAAUGCUUUAUCAAGUCACCAAAAAACACAACUUCCUGCCUGAGGCGUUCACCACUGAUUUCAGGGUUCACUGGGCCCAACAUCCUCUGCGGCCAGAGUUUGCAGAAAGCACCUACUUUCUUUAUAAGGCCACUAAAGAUCCAUAUUACCUAGAGGCCGGGCGGACCAUACUGGAAAAUCUAAACCGCUACGCUCGAGUUCCCUGUGGCUUUGCUGCUAUGAAGGACGUGAGGACAGGGAGUCACGAGGACCGCAUGGACUCUUUCUUCCUGGCGGAGAUGUUUAAGUACCUGUUCCUGCUGUUUGCUGAAGAGGAGGAUUUGCCUUUUAAUGUGGAGGACUACGUCUUUACCACCGAAGCACAUCUGCUCCCUCUCUCUCUAUCUACUGCCUCAAACUCGCAGGCACCCCCUGUCAUUGACUAUAUGCCUGUAGAGGAGCUUGAUGACUCAAAUUUUGAAUGGACUUGUCCCAACACCCGCCUUCUUUUUCCUGACCCUGCCUUCCCACGCAAUCUUCGUGAACCAAUCAGGAGUGCUGUAGAUAAGAGCUGUCCACGCCCGGCACUCAACCGAGAUCCUGGUACGGUCCGUCCUCCAUUGAGGGCUCAGGAUUUCAUGGCCAAUAAUCCUGAACACCUUGAGCUGCUGAGACGGAUGGGUGUGAGUCUCAUUCACCUAAAGGAUGGCAGAGUGCAACUUGUUCAGCAUGCAACACAGGCUGUGAGCGCAGUUGCUGCAGAGGAUGGCAUGCGGUUCAUGCAGGAGAUGAUGGAGCUUUCCAGCCAGCAGCAGAAAGAACAGCUUCCCCCCAGAGCGGUUCAGAUUGUCUCCCAACCCUUUUUUGGUAGAGUGGUACUGACCGCAGGCCCUGCACAGUUCGGAGUAGAUCUUUCCAAAAGCAUCUCUGGGGUGCGUGGGUUUGUAACUGUAGCGGAGCCCUACAACGGCUGUUCUGAGUUGAGUAACGGUGAGAUUGUGGCUGGCCGCAUUGCUCUGCUGCAGCGGGGCCAGUGCAUGUUUGCCGAGAAGGCUAGGCAUAUUCAGAAGGCAGGGGCCAUCGGAGGCAUCGUCAUCGAUGAUAACGAGGGCAGCAGCAGUGACACAGCUCCAUUAUUCCAGAUGGCAGGGGAUGGGCGGAACACUGAUGAUGUCACUUUGCCACUCCUCUUCCUCUUCCACAAAGAGGGCAACAUCCUGUUGGAGGCUCUAAAGGAGUACAGGGAGGUGGAGGUGCUGCUUAGUGAUAAAGCAAGAAGCAGAGAAGCCAUAUUCAAAGGGAAAGCCCUUCCGGGCGCCCUCUUGGAUGGCAGUACGGAUGGCACAGAGGAAGAGGACUGCUCUACUGAGGAGAAAGACCACAGUUCUCCUGAACCUCUCGACCAAUCACAAGUCACUACUCAGGAACAGGCGGCCGAAGAGCAGGAGACGGUUCAAUCGGCGGAGGGGCUCAGCAGUUAUGUCUCCAUGGACGUAGGGGAGGACCCUGCGGUGGAUGAAGAUUCGAGUAGCCGAUCGGUGGACUCACUUAUGGCCGAUUGGCAGGAGGACUUAGAAGCCUUUAAGCAAAUGGAGAAGGAUGAGCUUUGACAUUCCCAUUCAUCUCCGACAGUUUAGUACGUCACAGACUAACAAAUAAUUUUUGCCAUGUACAGAAAUAUAUCGGACAAGGAUGAUUAAGAA